GAGAGUCAUCCAGAACUGUUGUAGUUGGCUUCGACUGAGUAAAAUUGCCACCGCGCCGCCGUUGUGCUCACGAUGCUGCCUUGGACUGACGGAACUUUGCUACGCCGUGAAAUGGGCCGUCAAGCAGAGCGGGUGAAGCCGUCCCGUCAACGUUCGCCGUCGCCGAUAUGGCGGGAUGCUGCUGCUGCUGCUGCUGAUGAUGAUGACGAUUAAGGAGAAAAAGUAGAAGAAGAACGGGAGAAGGACAGCCUAGCGCGCUGCACCGGCCUUCCCGACAAGCGAAGAUCAAAUCGGAUCGUGCUGCUGGGCUUUUCUUGCGGCGAGCAACCCACAAAGAGCCAGGCCGCCCAAUCAGCCUUUUUAAAACAGUCAAAAAUAUAGUACAUAGUAGCUUCACAGCGAGAGGCAGGUCGUCCGGCCAGCGGUCGUCCCAUCCCGGCUCUAUCGCCUUCGCUCGCCCUUCUUCCUCUUCUGCUGCUGCUGCUGCUGCUGGUGAUGAUGAUGAUGAUGCCUUGUUAUCCCAACUACCCCUGGCCCCAAGCUCCCUGUUUUGCAUCGUCGUCCCACCUGCGCCGUUGUGCCUCUGCUCGCCUCAGACCUAGCCGCCCUUGCUUCAUUGCACCCCGGCAAUGUCCCUUUCGCGCCCUCUGUUUGGUCUCUUCAGCUUGCCGCGCGGUUAGCAACCCUGCACAACAUCCUCCUAUGCUCCUGGCCCCCCUCUCCCCGGUGCGAUUCCCGCCCUUAGCAUGGUCCGCCAGCCCUGCAGAAGACGCCGACAGCGAGAAUAGCCUAUUCAUUGGCCCAGCACUCUUAUGUCCAUCGCAUGGAUGUUGUCUCACUCCCGACGAACGCUCGACGCUGACCGUCAGGCUGCCCCCGAUUGCCCAGGCAGCCUGUCACUGCCACCCACGCACACUCUCCCACUCACUCAUAAUCAAGCGGCAAAGCACCCGAAGAACUGGGGUGCUUUGUGAUCCCCAUGCGCAGAACAAUACCAUUCAGCUCUUUCUUUGCCCUCCUGCACCGUUUAUCCCUCGCCUAAUCUCCCUUCCUGCGGGGCGGUUUCUCGAAUCGAGAUCAAGCCUGUGACCGUGCUCAUCCGCCCUAGAACUCUCCCCGGGUUGGCCAGCUGGCUCCCUGGACAUAUCAUUCCCUUCCUUUUUUUCCCCAAUUAGUUUCAUACUGUCCCCGUCCACUCCACGCUAGCUCACUGGGGUUUCUUUUGGUUUUUGGGUCUUUGGGGCCGUUUCAUUCGCCUGGAUUCAGUCCCGGCGACGUGCCAUAUACCCAAAAGAGGCGCUCCCCGUUUACCAAAACGGCACUAUCACUGUUCCCAAUUUGCAGAACAUCAGGGAUGGGAUCACCAACCUAUCUAUAUGCAACAGAUUUGCGUUCUGCCCGCAUUGCUGUUCCCCCUUUUUUUUGUUUUCUUCCCCCCCAAAAUCUUUGGGGUUUUGUUUCGUUCUCUUCAGGACGUUUCUCCGCUAUCCUCUACUGGGACUUAGAUUAGCGGCACAGCCUAUGAUGACAGUAACCCUUCAGCAAUAAUACCACACAACUAAGGCCCUGAUCUCUACGUCUAUUGACUCUUGCCUGCUGCCGGCAUUUGCUGCCUGUGGGGUUCUAAACGCUCCGUAUGCUGUGUGAAUGUUAGGCCGGCACCCUUUCCCCACCACAGUGGACUGCAUCUUGGUUUUAUGCUCCGCGAACAAUGCUAUUGUUCCGCAAAACCAAAAAGUGACGCGACGGGAGCCGGGGUCUGACGAAUGACCUCCAUCGGAGCAUCCCCAUUCGUUUGAUACACUGCAGAUACUUUCCGAAACCCAGCAUAUGCUAACGGUCACCUGUUUCUCAACGG